UCGAACUAUCGAUACAACGUCAACAUCCUCAGUCGCUUUUUUUUAGUUGUAGCAUAUUAUAAAUAUAACUCGAGCGCUAGUUGCAUCGUUAAACAGAAGCCAGCCGCUACGACCGCUAGUCGCUAGUUAAGAUCUGCUUAAAAACAAAAAUAUGUGAUUAGUGACCAGAAACUAGCCGCAAUCCCAGCCAGAAACGACAACAACAACAAAGCCAAUCCGCGAUUAAGAGGAAGAGAGUGCGUGAGAGAAACGACAGCUGCUCUGCGUGUGUGUUGGUGCAGGAUAACAAAUACAAAACAUACAACAACAACAAGAACGAACAGUGUCAAAGUGCCAAACGAAUUUGCCAAAUAAUAAAAACAAAAUACAUAAGCCAACCGCUUCGAAUUCCAACCAGUUCAAUGCAAAGACAUGUGCAUAAAUGAAGAGCUACAGCCAAUUUAAUUUAAACGCCGCCGCCCCGCCCGCCAUUGCCUACGAUAGUUCAGUUGCAAAUCUAAAUCCCAACGGAUCGCCACUCGAUCAUAGUCACCAGCAACAACAACAACAGCAGCAGCGCCAGGACAUGCCGCACUUUGGACUGCCAAGCGGUCCUCAACCGCCGUCGUCGCAGCAGCAGCAACAACUACAAGUGCACCACCAACAGCAGCAGCAGCAACAACAACAGCAACACCAGCAGCAGCAACAACAAAUGCAAAUGUCCUUGCUACCAGGUCCUUAUCGGCCUCACAUCGAGGAAAAGAAACUUACGCGGGACGCCAUGGAGAAGUACAUGCGCGAGCGCAACGACAUGGUCAUCGUUAUCCUGCAUGCCAAGGUGGCCCAAAAGUCCUACGGCAAUGAGAAGCGUUUCUUCUGCCCACCGCCAUGUAUCUAUCUGUUCGGAAGCGGCUGGCGUCGGCGGUACGAGGAGAUGCUGCAGCAGGGCGAGGGCGAGCAGGGGGCUCAGUUGUGCGCAUUUAUCGGAAUCGGAAGUAGCGACCAGGACAUGCAGCAGUUGGAUCUCAAUGGCAAGCAGUACUGUGCGGCCAAGACGCUCUUCAUCUCCGACUCGGACAAGCGAAAGCAUUUCAUGCUGUCUGUGAAGAUGUUCUACGGCAAUGGGCAUGACAUCGGCGUGUUCAACUCGAAACGGAUCAAGGUGAUAUCCAAGCCGUCCAAAAAGAAACAGUCGCUGAAAAAUGCCGACCUGUGCAUAGCCAGCGGCACCAAUGUUGCCCUGUUCAAUCGCCUGCGUUCCCAGACCGUCUCCACCCGUUAUCUUCACGUGGAAAACGGACACUUCCACGCCUCUUCAACUCAAUGGGGUGCUUUUACGAUACACCUGCUGGAUGACAACGAGUCCGAAUCGGAGGAGUUCCAGGUGCGCGACGGUUACAUCCAUUACGGAGCCACGGUAAAGCUGGUGUGCUCUGUUACGGGCAUGGCCCUGCCCCGGCUGAUCAUCCGGAAGGUGGAUAAGCAGAUGGCCUUGCUGGAAGCCGACGAUCCUGUCUCGCAGCUACACAAGUGUGCCUUCUACAUGAAGGAUACGGACCGAAUGUACCUUUGCCUGUCGCAGGAGAAGAUCAUUCAGUUCCAGGCCACGCCCUGUCCUAAAGAGCCAAACAAAGAGAUGAUCAAUGACGGCGCCUGCUGGACCAUCAUCUCCACGGAUAAGGCUGAAUAUCAGUUUUACGAGGGCAUGGGUCCCGUGGCUUCCCCAGUCACUCCAGUGCCAAUUGUUAAUUCUCUGAAUCUCAAUGGCGGCGGUGAUGUGGCCAUGCUGGAGCUUAGUGGCGACAACUUCACGCCGCAUCUGCAAGUGUGGUUCGGCGAUGUGGAGGCGGAGACCAUGUACCGCUGCACGGAGACGCUGUUGUGUGUGGUGCCCGAGAUUUCCCAGUUCCGCGGCGAAUGGCUUUGGGUACGACAACCCACACAGGUGCCCAUUUCGCUGGUGCGCAACGACGGUAUAAUUUACGCCACUGGUCUGACCUUCACUUAUACACCUGAGCCGGGUCCUCGGCCGCAUUGCAAUACCCAGGCCGAAGAUGUGAUGCGGACGCGACAGAACAAUAAUAAUAACAACAUCACUAGCAUUAGCAACAAUAAUAACAGCAACAACGCGGGAUCACCGGCAGGCGGCAGUAUGCAACAGCAGCAGCAUCAGGCGCUGCCCUCCAUCUCAGAAGUGCAAUGGAAUAGUCAUGGUAGCGGCUUGUCCUGAGUGCAGGAUUAUUGCGUCGCACAUUUAUGUAUCCUAAGUUAUUUAUAGUUUUUAUUGGAGACCUUAGUUUGUAGAUUGACGAUUUUUCUCAUAUUAAUUUUCCACCUCUCAUGACGUGAACGAAAUGUGUCCCCUUCUCUCUAAAGUAAAUCAUCCUACAUACAUGUAUCUAGUGCUAGUUUGGAACCAAUAGAUUUGUAAAUGCAACAUAUAACUCUGUACAUAACUCGAAAAAGCUCACUGACAUAUAUAUUUGUAUGUGCAUGAAUAUACAUCUACACAGAACAUAUAAUUCUAGUUAAAUAUACAAUUUAUAUAAGAUUAUAGAAGAUUUUUAGCAGCGGUUGAAAUAUUUAUGAUUUUCGUUGCUAUGAAUUUCUAAAGACUGCCAAAAGGAAAAAGUACUUCGAAAUACCCCAGAAAACCUGGAGCCUGCUUUAUAAAAUACCAGGAAGUAGCCACGCUACAUAAAUACAUUCCAAUUCACCCUUAAACUUUAUAUAAAGUCAAAGACAAAGUCAAAAGGGAAAACUUUUUCUGUACAUACAGUUUUGUUGCAUUUUUUAAAAUAAUUAACUCUUUGGAAAUUCGUAGCACAAAAAGUUUCAUAUAAUAUUUUGUAUAAUAAAAUCGCAGAAAGACAAGUCGGCGAUUUAUUUAAGACUAAGCAAAAAGCCCAAUAUGAAUAAAAAAAGAAGAAAAUCCGAAAUUAUGACA